AGUAGGAUUACUGUAUACAUAAACAAUACACUCAAAACUUCUAGGGAGAAAGCUCCAUGGCAAUUUCUAGAUCAAGGCUGAGUUGGGUAGCUUUGGCUGUGUUAGUGGUAGCCGGAAUACUGUUUUCCGGUGAACAUGCUUCAGCCAUAAGCUGUGAGGAUGAUGUGAUAGGGCUUGUUACUAAAUGCAAGGAAUUUGUUAAAAAAGAAGGACCUAUCGUUAAACCAUCAGAGGAUUGUUGUGCAGUGGUGAAGAAAGCCAACGUUCCAUGUGUUUGCUCACUUGUUACCAAGCAAAUCGAAGACUUGAUCAGCAUGGAGAAGGUCUUCUAUGUCGCUAAAUCAUGUGGCAAGAAAGUUUCUCCUGGAACUAAAUGUGGAAGUUACACUGUUCCUCGGGCAUGAAAGAUGGAUAUUAGACAUUAUCAAAAUGGCAUUUGAUUGUAUUAUGUUAAAACUUUGAGUUUUGUCGGUUGAUGUCUCUCGUGUUGCACCCAAAAGGCUACAGCUAGCAGCAUCAGUAGUUUGCUUUCUCUAUUUAAUUUCUCAGCAUGUUCUUGCAAGUGAUUUCCGUAUGAAAUUAGAUGUUUUCGUCUCCA